UAGACUAUGUCAACAGAAACAAUGGAAACCCCUGACAAAUUACCAGACUCUGUGCUUAGUUUACUCAAAUCGAGUAGAUUCAUUCACUUGGCUACAUGUUUAAAUGAUAAACCUCAUGUUUCAUUGAUGAAUUACACUUUCUGCCAACAAGGCGACAAGCAAAUAAUAAUCAUCUCAACCCCUACAAGAACUACUAAAUACCAAAACAUGUUAUCCAAUCCCAAUGUCUCAAUUUUAAUCCAUGACUGGAUUUCAGUGAAAGAUACUACCGAAUCCAAAGAGCUGGUAGCCCAAAGACGCAACUCUCUUUUUGAAUUACUUGCAAGCUUCAACAAAAAUGAAAUUAGUCGAGUAUCUGUUAUGUUAGAUGGUAAGGCUAAAAUACUCGAUAAGAACAAAGACAGCGAAACAUUCAACUUUUACAAGUCUUUGCAUUUGAAUAACCCAAAGAUUGAUGAAAAUCAAGUAAGAAAUUACAUUGAAAAUGAAAACAAUGCAUUGGUAUUAAUCGAAAUCACUGGAUGUAAGGUCACAGAUACCGACAACAAUAUCGAGGAAUAUUAAAUAUACUUUUAAAUAAUAUAAAAAUAGCAAACUCUUCUUUUCAAUAGAUAUAUUAAAACGCUUUUAC